AUGGUAACGGCGGAGGACGCAGAGGGUAUAGCUUCGGCGGAGAAGUCCGCCUGCGCGGGCGGAGGGACAUCGGCGGAAGGCGAGAGGAGCGGCGGAGCCUCCCCUGGCAGGACGCGGCUUCUGGUGACGGGGUCGAUAGCGGUGUCGCUGCUGCUGUGGUUGCCUGUCUGGUGGUACACCACACGCGUGUAUCGUGCGCCGUUGCCAUUCGCUGACAUCAGCAGCUUCGCGGAUGACGUCACCACGCACCCCAUAUCCCUGCCCAUCCACGUGGACGUAAUCUUCCUGCUCAAAUCUCCGCCGUCCAGUCAACAGACGGAGCAGCAGCAGAAGCAGCAGCAGCAAGAAUCGUCUUCCCGUCUAUUCCCCACGUCCCAACUACAGGACGCAGCCAAGACGUCUCUCUCUGCCCUCUGCUCCCCUCACGCACCCGCCCACGGCCAUAGCCUCAGUUCACCCAACGACGCUGCACUGUGUGGUAGCAAGCAGGCAAGGUCUGUUAGGCUGUGGGCUGUCCGGGCCGCUGCCUGCCAAUCAGCUCUCGCCACGUCACCAGCAGCAGCUGAACCGCCAGCAGAAUUGCCAGGGGAAGGCUGGCCUUGCCAUAUAGACUGGGCACAGGUGUUGGAUGCGGAAACACAGCUCAGCGAAUCGGAGUUUGACACGUGGCUGGAUGGACGAAUCCAGAGCGCGUUUUCGCGCUCUAAUCUUUCAAAAUCCGCAUCUCCUUCCGACAAUCCCCCAUGGGACCCUGUGGUGCUCUACUUUGCCCCAAUGGCAGCAGCAGCGAGGUGGAACGAGCGUGCGGGGGUGCAUGAGGUGCAGGCGUCUGACCUGCCCUUCGUGCUCAAUGCCGACACAUGGCAUCUGCAUGCAUCGCUGCCGCUCAUGGCCCAUGGCCGGUCCAAGCUGCUGCAUGUUGUUGUCUACAUUCCUUCUCUCGCCACCUGUCCCCUCACCAUAGCCACACACGCGCCCACACUUGGCAGCAACAGCAACAACAACGGCCACCGUCAGGAGCCGUCAGCAGUGCCUCCUUCAGGGUUCAUUUCCCCUGGUUGGGGCUCUGUGAUCCUCUUUAACCCCCUCAACUGCUCCGCCCCUUCCUCCUCCUCGUCCUCCUCCUCCUCUGACGCACCAUCAUAUGCCUCACCUCACGUCCUCUCGCCCUCUGCCUUCACCCCUGUCCUCGCCGUCGCGAUAGCCCAACUGAGGUCGCUCUUUGGUCUCUCUGCCACUCCACCUGCACUCUGCCCCACUUCGCCUGCUUCCCCGCGCGCUGACAGCAGCAGCAGCAGCAGCAGGGGAAGCAGUAAGGGAAGUAAAGGAGCAGUGGGCGCACGCAGUUUAUCAGCAGGGCUGAGGGGAGUGGCGGAGUGGGAGGUAGACUCUCUCCUGCGGCAACGCCUCCCGGCAGAUGAAGCAACCAUUGCGGCAUCUCUAUCGUCCGUUGCCGCCCUCGUGCAAUCACUGCCGUCCAUGGUUGUGCGCGAUGACAUCAGCGAGUUUGUCUACUCUGCUCUGUCCUCUGCACGAGCAGCAAGGGAGGCAGCUAGAGAGGGGAGGUAUGAUGAAGCGCAGGCAGCACUGAGGAGGGCGAAGCUGGCAGCGGAUGCUGCUCUAUUCCACCCAAGCAUGGAGGCUGGAAUCUUCUACCCGCUUGAGCAUCACCUUGCAAUUUACUCUCCCCUAUUUUUCCCUGUGGGCAUACACGCAGCAGUAGCCUUCAUUCGCGAAAUGCGGCGCUUUCUACAACGCAGGCGGAUGGAAGACGAUUGGGACCUCGAGGUGCAUCACGGUUUAGUGCCGACGUCCUCGCACUCCCGGUUCCUGCCGGUGCCAUUCGCUCAGCCGCGCCAAUCAGACGCCGAAAGUCCAAAGGAAAUCGACCAGCGCUGGCUGCGCGAGCGAGAAACUGAGGACGGUGGAGAUGCAGGGACUGAGCGGUUCGGAGCAAUCGAAGGGAUGGGAGGUUUCGGAGGGAUUGCGGCGAGUGGAGUCGCAGUCGAUCCGCACGGCUGGCUGCGGGCAGCGGCUUGCGACUCAAGGCCGCGCAACGGUCGGGAUGUGGACGGCCUGGAUUGCCGCCUGAGACUGGCACGUUCAAAUAAGAAAAACGCGGAUUUCGCGGAAACAGACGUUAUCCGGCAGCUCCGGCCCGUCCGCUGCGCGCCGAGCAGCAGACUAGAGCGGAGCAGACUGCGCGGUUCCAGUGGCUGGUGUAACGGCGCGAUGACCUUGUUGCCGCUGCCGUCGUGGUCCGCCGUGCGGCUCCUGCUGCUCCUCUUACCGUUGGCGCUGGGCCCCUUGGGGUUUUGCGCGCACACCGUGCGCGCUGCUGCUCCCGCUCUUCCAGGACAGGGAGUUGCUGGAGAUGGAUCAUUCGAAUCAUUUCCUCACCCUGCCUACCUCACUCCCUCACCCUGCUUAACCAACCCCUUUCCUCAUAUCCGCGUGUCUCGCGGCGCCCUUUCCGCUCCCCCACCAGCGUCGCAGCUGGCGCAAAUGAAGGAGAUCUUCGACCACGAUGGUCGCUUGCAGUCGUGGGACGCCCAACGAGACUGCUCCACGUGGCAGUUCGUGGCGUGCAACGCGCAGGGCCACGUGAUCGCGAUCUCGCUGCGGGACUUCAAGGCGAACGUGACGGCGCUACCCGACGGCCUCUCGUCGCUGCAAUACCUCACCUACCUCAAUCUGGCGAACAACUACUUCCGCGGCUCCUUCCCGUCUGUGCUCACGCUCCUCACCAACCUGCAGAUGCUCGAUCUGAGCGCGGCGCCGCUAGGGUUCGGCGCGUGGGGCGUGACGGGGUCGCUCCCCGACGGCAUCUCCGCGCUCUCGCGCCUCACCGCGCUGUCGCUCGCGUACAACCGCCUGUCAGGGCCCCUGCCCAACGCCAUCGCGUCGCUUGUCAACCUGCGCAGCCUCAAUCUGUCGUUCAACUACUUGUCCGGCUCCCUGCCAGCUGCGCUAGGCGACCUUCCCGUGCUUGAAGACCUUGAUCUGACGAGCAACGACUUCUCAGGACCCAUCCCCAACUCCUUCUCCGGCCUCCAGACCCUCCAGACCCUGGCGCUGAGUUCCAAUGGCUUCUCGGGUCCGCUGCCCAAUGUGCUCACCAUCGCCACCAACCUGCAGUCGCUGUCGUUGAGUUUCAACGCGUUUGAGGGUUCCAUUCCCCGCGGCAUCACUCUGCUCUCCACCCUCCGAGUGCUGGAGCUGGCAAACGCGAAUAUCUCUGGGGACUUCCCCUCCAUGGAUCGAUGGACCAACCUCGUCGCCCUGGAUCUAUCUUUCGCGAGUGGGCUCCGCUCGGUGCCGCUUUCCCUGGGCUUCCUAACCAACCUCACCAGGCUGACCAUAGAGCGCAGUGGGCUCACAGACACGCUCCCCACGCAGCUAUGCGGCCUCUGGCAGCUGCGCCAACUGUCCCUGGCACACAACGCCAUCUCGGGGGUUCUUCCAGACUGCAUGGGCAACCUGCAGGCUCUGGAAUCACUCCUCCCCACCACCAUCGGCAACCUCCGACAAAUCACCGCCAUCAAUCUGGCAUUCAACUCGUUUGAGGGCCCGCUGCCUACGAGUCUGCAAGCGCUCUCAUUCCUGCAGCACCUGUCGUUGAGUCACAACGCGUUGACAGGGCCGCUGCUGCCGGGGCUCGCUGCAAUCACAGGGCUUACGGCACUGGAGAUGAGUGACAACGCCUUCAAUGGCUCCCUCCCACUCGAGUUCGCCUCACUCUCGUCGCUCUCCAUCCUCUCACUAGCACGAUCAGGCAUAGCAGGAGCGCUCCCGCACCGAUUCAACUACUCCACGCUCCUCCUCCUGGAUCUGAGUGGCAACCGUCUAAGAGGAGAGCUGCCUCGGGGAUUCUUCCCUGCCCUUAGCCUCCUCAAUCUGGGCUCCAACCGGCUAAAGGACGACGUGGAUUCCUUCUUUGCUCGCGCACACACCCCGCAGCUACAAUCCCUGCUGAUGGGCAACAACACGCUAUCAGGCUCUCUCCCGGACUUCACAUCAGUGUCGCCAGCGCUGUACCUGGCAGCGUUCAACGGCAACGCCAUCAUGCACACGCCCAAGCAGCUGCUCUCCAACUCCUCCCUGCGCCUCAUCCUAGCAGACAACCCGGUGUGCCAGGACCCAUCGCCAGCCUCCCUAGCAGCAUGCUCCCCGCCCUCGCAAGACCAGCUCUCAUGGACCGGCAUCCCCGUGCCUGCCUGCAUCAACACCACGUGCCAGUCCGACGCCCUAGCACCCUCACCACCUGUGUAUGCGGCGCGGGCCGUGUGUGUGUGCGUGCCGGUGGCUGCUCUGGAUCUGCUGCUGCUUGUUCCGCCGGUGGCCGCGUUCAAUGGUGCAGUGGCGGGACGUCUGCAGGCUGCGCUUGCCGACGCUGUUUCCAUGCCUCGGGAACAGCUGCGCAUGCACGAGGCAGAGGCAGUGGCGCCAUCGCAGCAGAGGGUGCGCGUGCACGUGUACCCGCCUGCGCUCUCUGACCCCGACGCUGCUCUCGCACAGCUCAAGGCCUCGCUGCGCCUGCUGCGCGCUGCUCUGCCCAUGCGCCUCGACUUCUUCGGGCCUGUGCAGGAGAUGGUGGAGGACCCGCGAGUAGUGAGCCCGCUUGCAGCGGCCAACGCAUCCGCAUCUGCCAACUCCAGCACCGCCCCCUCAGACGAGUCCGCGGUGAGUUCUGCCAUGGUGUGGAUCAUCGUCGCUGUAGUCGUGGGGGUCCUGCUCCUCACCUCGCUGCUGCUCCUGCUCUUCCUCCGCCGCCGCUCACUGGCAGCCUGCAACGAGUGCGACGACACCAAGGCCUUUGCUGCGGGAUCUGCCUCCUCCUCCGCCCUGCACUCCGCCCGCACGUCCGGCCCUCUGCCCCCCCCGCCUGCCACCGCCCCCGCUGGUGGCGCUGCAGCGCGGGGAGCGGCAGGAACAACAGCAGCAGGAGGAAUAGGAGGAGGAGGAGUGGGGCAAGGGGAGGGGAAUGGAGGGUUAUCGUUAGUGGAGAGUGUACGGCAGCAGCUGGUGCGGCCAAUGUCUCUAGCAGAGCUGACGGAAGCCACGCAGGGGUUUGCGGAGGAGAGGGAGCUGGGGUCGGGGGCGUAUGGCACGGUGUACAGGGGGGAGGGCGCGGACGGGCAGCAGUGGGCCGUGAAACGCAGCAAGCUCGUGUCCAGGGAUACGAUGCAGGUGUUCCGGAAAGAGGUGAGUGUGAUAUCGCAGAUGAGUCACCGGCAUCUGGUGAAGCUGCUGGGGUACUGUGACACGGACAGGGAGCACAUCCUCGUCUACGAGUUCGUCCCCAACGGCACCCUCGCACAGCACCUCCGCCCCAAACCGGGCGAGCGGUGGGCGGCGCUGUCGUUUGAGCAGCGGGUGGACAUAGCGCUGGGCACGGCACAGGCGCUGCAGUACCUGCACUCCUUCGGCACACCCGCCAUCAUCCACCGCGACGUCAAGAGCGAUAACAUCCUGCUCACGGACACCAUGCAGGCGAAGGUAUCGGACUUUGGGCUGCUCAAGGACAUGGACGAUGCGGAUGCGGCGACGAGCAAGGUGGCGGGCACACCGGGCUACCUGGACCCUGAGUACUACCGCACCUUCAAAGUCACCACCAAGAGCGACGUCUUCAGCUUUGGAGUGGUGCUACUGGAGCUGGUCACGGGGCUGCCACCCACCUUCCCCAACCCCAACAAGGAGACUGAGGGCAUGAUCUCGCUCGCUGAAUGGGCCCUGGCGCGGCUGGGCCCAGACCAUCUAGAAGCACGAUUAGACAAGGUGGCGGACGUGCGCAUGGAGGGGCAGUACGUGCGGUCAGCGCUGCGGCAGAUGGUGGAGCUGGCGACGCACUGCGUGCGGCUGCUGGGCAAGAACCGCCCCGACAUGCACGAGGUCGUGUGGCGCCUGCAGGAGGUGCAGCAGGACAUGGCGCUCGCUAGAGGCCAAGCCGCGCCGCCCCGCAGCCGCAGCGACAUGGAUGCGGAAGAGGCGAUGGCGUAUGGGUCGUUUCCCACGUCGUGGAUUGGGGUGGGGUCACGCUCGCAUGUGGAGGUGGGCGGGGGAGGAGGAGCAGCGGGGAGUGGGGUUGCUAAGGGGGUGAGGGAGCAGCGGGAGAUGGGGGAGUGGGGCAGCGGCAGGGUGUCUUCUGUGCGGAACCCGGAGCUGUUUGUGAAGCUCGGGGGUGCUGGGGGUUCUGGGGUCGGUGGGAGCGGUGUGGAGGGACAAGUAGCAGUGGACAGCAGGGGUGGGAGUAGGCAGGGGAGUGGGGUGACGGGGUCGGGUGGAGGGAGGGGAGUGAGCAGCAGUGGCAGUGGCAGUGGCAGUGGAGUGAUGAUGGACAUGCGGUCAUCUUCCUCUGCUUCCAUGUACAUGCCUGUACCCACAGAUGCAGCCGUGCCAAGCACUAGGGGUCCUGCCAGGCCAUGGGGUGCAUAA